AUCCCUCUGAUAUUGAACAUUAACAUUCCCAAAAAAACAUUCGCAAAAAAAAAUUUAAAAUCUCGUUUGGAAUGUGAAUGUUUUUUUUUCCAGUUUCUGCGGGAGUUGAGCUUUCUGCAAAAUUCCUGCACCAAGAAGCGCCGUAAACAGCAUCGGAUGGCAUGGCCGACCCAGGAUUCAAUCCUGCCUUGGUAACUGCACCCCUGCCUGCGCGUGACUCAUCACCCUCUUCGGGAUGCUGAAACUGCAGUGCGGUUGCACCAUUAGUGACCAUCACGUUCUCCGCACCUUCUUUCGCUUGCUUAUUCUUUCUCCUCCCGAGAACACAAUCCUUAAUUCCUCCCCCCUGCCAUUCUUGUGCCCCGGACCUUCCUUAUCCUUAUUUUACUAUAUAUAUAUACUCCCUCAAGACCGAGCGAAUUCUCUCCUUCAGUUUUGGUGCAUCUCGGCAUCGGCGCCGGCCACUGGAUCGCCGUCGCAUCCCCGUGGCCUCUGCCUCUCAGCUUCUUGGGGUUCGUAUAUCGUCUGACCUGCCUGUGCACCGCGGCGAUGUCGUUCGCGGUCGUCGGCGCCAUCUCUUCUUGCUCCACCAAGGAAAAGGAGGAGCCACCACUACAGGCAACCCUCGAGGGGAGGGAGCAGGAACAAGCGGAGGAGCAGGUGGAGGUGGUAGACCGUAAGCUCAGCGAGGCAUCGCUGUGCCGCACCGACGAGGGCGAGGAGACGGAGGAGGACGACGAGGAAGAGGGGAAGGCGGAGAAGGCCAUCGAGCUUGGACCCAGGGUCAGCAUCAAGGAGCAGCUCGAGAAGGACAAGGAUGAUGAGAGCCUGAGGAGAUGGAAGGAGCAGCUCCUGGGCAGCGUCGAUUUGAGUUCCGUUGGAGAGAUGCUGGAGCCGGACGUGAAGAUCACGAGCAUCUCCAUCCUGUCGCCCGGCCGGCCGGACGUGGUCCUGCCGCUGCCCGCGGAGCCCAGGGCCAGCAAGGCGCCGUGGUUCACGCUCAAGGAAGGAAGCGUCUACAGGCUCAUAUUCACCUUCUCCGUCCGCGGCAACAUCGUCUCCGGCCUACGCUAUACCAACACCGUCUGGAGGACCGGCGUCAGAGUGGACAGCACCAAAGAGAUGCUUGGCACGUUCGGCCCUCAGACCGAGCCGUACACCUACCUGAUGCCCGAGGAGACCACCCCAUCCGGAAUCUUUGCUCGGGGAUCAUACACUGCAAGAACUAAGUUUCUUGACGACGAUGGGAAGCUCUACCUGGAGGUCAACUACACCUUCGACAUCCGCCGCGAGUGGACAUCGAGCUAAUGAGCUGCAUACUUCUGAGAAUCUGAGUCCUGACUGAUUUGUCUGCUCAAAAUUCUGAGGCAGCAGCAAUUGAUCUGUGCUCAAUUACAGCUCUGCAGGCAUCGGCAAUGAGUUCGUUUCAGUGUGUGUAGUGCUGUGACCUUGUUUGUUUUGUUCCAGACGUGUAGGCAUUUGUCAGGUCAGUACACUGAGCAACAUGGAAUCUUGCUUCUCUGUGAUAUUCCUGUUGGAUUCAAAACCGAGACCAGUUUAUAUCGUUCAUACUA